AGUUGGAUGGUAACCAGUGCAUUUGAUUACCAAUGUGGUGGCCAUUUUAAAGGCUUUCUGCAGGCGCCGGAGUUGUUUUCAAAUUUACUUGCUUUGUGUUGUUACUUGUAAGUUUGUUGCAGCUAGAUUUUGGACUAAUCUUUCGUUUUGUCAAGACUUUAACAGCAGUAUUUGCUCCAUUCCAACAUUCGGACAGUCUGUUGCCUGUUCUUGUGACAUCUUGUCUUGAUUCACAUGGAUUUUAUACUUGGUUUGGUUGUGCAAUGGUUUGGCAAAAAGCAAAAUAUGGAAAAGAUUUGGUUGGUGGAACAGUAUUAUCUUGAAGGAACCAGCCUAUCUCAUCCUUAUGGGAUUGCUACAUUGUCAGAUGGUCAUGGAUUUGGUGUGCAACAUUAUUGCUUCAUAAAGCAGCACCUAUUGUCAUAUUUGCCCAUUUUCUAAAUGAACCACAAAAGAGGAGCAAAUAUCCAUUAUUAGAAAUCACAUAGACACAUCAUGUCUUUGAUGAUUUUUGGAUUACACACUUACCAUUUGGUUUCUUAAAAUAUUUUGCAUCAGAUCCAUUUCAUUUGAAGGAAUUUUUUUAAUUGAAGCAUCCUUCUAUGUUGGUUUGUCCAAGCUCGUUUAAUUCAGAGGAAAACUUUGUUGGGAUAAGGCAUAUUUGUUUUGCCUGUAAAGCUGUCUGAAUUUGCAGAAUGGUAUAAAGGAGUUACUUUUACUCAUGGUGGAAUUAUCUGAAAAGUGACUUCUUCUGGAAAAGUAACUUCAUGGUAGAUUUAUUGAUCUGAUUGGAUUGAUCUUUGUCUUUCUAAAGAAGUGAUCUCAGGAUUCUUUACUCCAUUCCUGGAAUACAAAAAUGAUAUAGACUUGGAUAUCUACAGAUUUUGGUUUGGCAGGAUGGUUCCAGCUUUUGCCAGGCUGUUUCAGUAUGUUUUAGAAUCCAAUUGGGAAUUAAAGGUGAAGUUGGUGAUUAAAUUUCAUUGUGGAGUCAGCUUAUAAUGUUCAUAAGAAGAAUUGGAAUGGAUUUAUUCUUUCAAAUUUACCUGGAAUCAAACACAGAGAAGGGGGUUAAUUUGGAAUCAUGGAUUGCUGGAAAUUAUGGAUCGAUAACCCAAGGAUUUUUAAAGUUAUUGGGAAGUACUGGAUAUUCAUUUUAAAUUGCAAUUAUGGGAUGUUUAGAAAGAAGAUCUAAUUGGAAAUUGUAGCAUAAAGGAGAGUUGAUUUACUUUGGUGAAUCAUUGCAGUUGUGGCACAGUAAAACUGGAUUGCAGCUCAUGUUAAUGUGCAGGAAGUUGGAGUUCAAAUCUGGAUGUGCUUAUGUUUACACUGUAAAGUGGAAGAAACUUGUUUUUUGAGCAUUCAUGGAGAUGCAAUUUGUUAGUAUGAAGGAUCUUAUUUCAAACCUGGAAGGAUGGAGACCUGGGGAGAACAGGAAAGUUAUUUUGUGAUAGGAAUGAAUUUUUAUGUUGCUAAAGCUGAUGCUGCUGUCUGUGUAGAAAUUAAGAGGAUUACAAUGGAGUACCAGAGGAUUACAAUGGAUUUCCAAAGUGCCACUAGAUAAUUUAUGAAUGGUAUGUUGUUACCUUGCUGGAUUAGCUGCUUGUUGACACCAAGAUUGGAGAAAAUGCUGGUGAUUUGGUUUUUUUAAAGAAAAUAUUGAUGGAAUGGAUGCAAAUAGGAAAACAUGUGCAUGGAUGGUUACACUUCCAAAUGCCGUUUCAAAAUUCUUGAAGAAGUUUGAUGCAGUUAUUUUUCAGAGCGGAUUGUUCCGAUUUGUCAAAUUAUAUAACACUGGAAAGAAUGUUUUGCCAGUCUGUCAAAAAGCUGCUUGGAUUGCAUUGUGAUGUUGCUUGUUUUGGAUAACCUUGUUACAUGCUGGAUUAAACAAGAGGGUUUUGAUUGAUAUCAAUCACGGAACUGACAUCAAUGUCAGUGGUCUCUCUAGGUUUUCAUACCGCCCUUUACUAAAUUCAAAUUCUUCUGAAUGUAGAAACUUGGCUUCCAUCCGAACUCAUCUGUCAAAGAACAGGCUGGGCGUGGUAGUGGGUUCUCAAGAAGAGAGCGCAUCCCACCCACAUUUCCAGAUGAAGGCCCUCGUAGAGGUAGAUAUCCAUAUGGAGAUGGAAGGCCUGAGUACUCAAUGAAACGGCAGAGACCCAGGAGAGAUAGUGAAGGAUCCCAUGAAUCAGAUCGACCUUCAAGCCCAAAAUAUACCAGAAACCGCAGUGCUAGCCCAAGCAGCCAGUCAGAAAGAGGAAGAAGUUCUAGUCCAGAGGACAGAAGCUUUUCUGGUAGUGGAUCAGAGGGACGAGGGAAAAGUCCUAGUCCAGCUCGAAGCAGUGGUAGUGGUCAGUCACAGAAAAACACAUCAAUACAGAUCAAGAAUUUGUCAACUAGGCCAGGGGAUGGCAGUAUCAAAGAUGCUCUGUUUCAUGAAUUCAAGAAAGUUGGGGAAAUUGUUAAUAUAAAGAUUUUGGGAACUGAGAAAGAUCGAUAUGCUCUAAUCAAAUUCAGAAGAUCUGAAGAUGCUGAAAAGAGCUUGCAGUCAAACAAUAAAACUUUCCUUGGGAACGAAAUGAAAAUUUCGAUAUUCAAAGGUGAGAACAAAGACAAGGAAGGAGAAGCUAAUUUCAACAUGUACAGGAAAAAGCAUCGCUCAAAGGAUUUUGGGUCCUCAGAAGACGUUGGCUUUGAUCCAAUGGCAACAAGGACUCUGUUUGUUGGUAAUUUGGACAAGGUUGUGACUCAUGGAGAAUUGCGGAAAAUUUUUGAGAAGUUUGGUGAUGUUGUUGAUAUUGACAUAAAGAAACAGAACCCUGGUAUAACGACAUAUGCUUUCCUUCAAUUUGUUGAUAUCAAUGGAGCAAUGAGAGCCAAACACAGAAUGGACAGAGAAUUCAUUGGGAGGAACAGAAUCAAGGUUGGUUACGGCCGUGGAACCCCUACGAAUGUGUUAUGGUUAGGAAAUCUGCCUCAAAACCCAACUGAAGGCCAAAUCCAGAGGCAGUUUCACCCGUUCGGCUAUGUGAAACGCGUCAUCUUCGAUCGUCAGUGUUGCCAAGGCUUGCUUAGUUUUGACACAGUAGAUGCUGCCACUGCUGCUUUUGAGAACAUGAGAGGCCGAUUUGUGCUGGGGAGAAAGAUUUUGGUGGAUUUUGCAAGCCGUAGCUGUAAAGAAGGCUUCUAUGACAGGAUGGAAAGAUCUGGACAGUUGGAUAGGCGGAAUCUGGAGCCAUCGCCUCCCCCGGCAAGACCCACUGGGCCUUUGCAUCAGGGCUUCCAGGGAUCUUAUGGACGGGCGAGAGUCUCUCGAGGGGGCUUUGAAAAAGGCUAUGGCUAUACUGGGAGAUAUGGCUCAGGACGUGGCGAGUUUGGCGAUUAUCCUCAGGGAGCCCAGGACUAUUACCCAGAAAGCUAUUAUAUGGAAGACGAUUAUGAUGACUAUGAAAAAGAACUUAGGGAUUAUGGGCACCGUCAGCGUGAGCGAGAGCGUGAACGAGAAUCUGGAAGGAGGCCUGAGCGAGAUUCUAGUCGUCACAGGGAACGAGGAGAGUAUUAUGUUCGCGAGAAGACACGUGACCGUAAAAGAGCAUUCACUCCACUAUCGGACGAUGACCAAGCACACGUGUUUGAAGGCAGAAGUGAUGAAGAUGAUGAUGAUUAUAAUGGCAAAGAUAUCCAGUCCAAAGUAGUUUUGCCAAAUAUCGAAGCAAAGGAUCAAAAUUCGCCCCAUGAUAUUUCUCCAGAUGCCGUAAAAGAUCAAGACAAAAAGCCUGAGAAGAAGGAGAAGAGGAAGAAGAAAGACAAGAAGGAGAAGUCAAGUAAGAAGAAAGCAGAACGGCAAAUUUCAGAUGCAGGAGCAGAUAAAGAUGUCUUAACUGAAACUGACGGUGGGCGUGAUAAAGUUGGAGAAGAGAAAGCAGACGAAGAUAAAGUAGUGAAGCCGGAGAAGAAAAAGAAGCGAAAGUCAUCAGAGAAAGGACACGCGGCAGAAGACAAAGCGAGGAAGAAGGAACUUAAAAAGUUGAAGAAGUUAAAGAAGCUCCAAGCGGAAUUAGGAAAGAAUGAAGAACCGACUAGUCUUAGCUUAAAAGAAAACAAUUUAGGUGAGGUUUUUCCAUUGAAAAAGGAAGAGCCAGAUGAACACGUACAAACGCACGGAGAGGCACAUAUAAAAGAAGCAGAUAAGCAGGUUUAUCACACAACCAAAGAGGAAGAAAUUGAAGAUUUCCCUGUCGAAAAAACGACCAGAACACCCCCUACGCCAGGAUUAGAAGAAGAUAACUGGGGGGAAGAGAAGGUCGACGUUUUGGAUAGGAAAGAAGGGAAAAAAGAAGAAAAAGAAAAGGGAGAGAUAGAUUCUAGUGAAUCAGAAGGCGAGAAGGUAAAGGACCUUGAGAAAAAAGGCGAAGAGUUGAGGAAAUUGGAUCGUGAAGAAAAGAAGGAGGGCAAGAAAGGUGAGAGCUCGGAAAAAAUUGAAAACAAAGAAAGAAAGGUAGAUAAUAAUGGGCUUGAUGGUGCAAAAAAUGAGUAUUUCGAGAGUAAUGCGAUAAAUAGAAAUGAGGACUCAGAUUCUGACCAUUCUGACCUUGUUAUUGAUGAAAUGGAUGCGAAAGAAGAGAGCCAUGGCGAUUCACAAAUGGAUGUCAGUUCAAGUAAAGAUCCUGCUAUCACUGAUAAAGUAGCGGAAGAACUUGCUGAUAAGAAGGAAAUUGAUGCAACCGAAGCAGAACUUAAAGUUGAUAUAGAAGAUGCAGGCAACACAGUAGCUGAAGUUGAAAAGGUAAAUGAUGGUAGCCAUGUACGUAAUGAAACAAAAAGUGAAAGUGAUGAAAGAGCUGCAAGUUUGGAACUGAAAAAAGAUGCAAAGAAUGAAGCGGAGGGUAAAGGAGGAGUAAUGCCAGACUUAAAAGAAGAUGAUAAGCUGCUGGCAGUUAAAGAAUGUGAGGAAGUUGCGAAAGAGGAGCAAAGAAGAGGUGAUGAUUCUGGUGAUGAAAGUGAUUCUUCAAAAAACGCAGCAGCAAAGGAUAUUUAUUCGUCGCAGUCAGACUCCAGUGGCGAUUUGGAAGAUAUCGAUGAUGAAGAAGAUGAUAAUUCUAUGGAUAUAGAUCAUUUGAAACGCGAUGUGCCAGCUUCUGGACAUUUGAAAGACAGCGCCCUGGGACCUUCUUCCCCAGGAAGAACGCCACCCACUCCUGACCUUGAAGAAGACACGUUGCGAAUGCAGGGCACUUUGCCUGGCUACACAUCCUAUUCCAAGUCACUUGCGACUGGUGAAAAAGAUGGAUCACCAUUUGUUGAAUCAGAUGAGGAGAAGAAGGAGCUAGAAAAGUCAAUGAAGGAAGCUAACUAUAAAAAACGAAUGACCGCGGAAGAUAGAAAACGGCAUAAAAAGGAUAGGUUAGGAAAGCAAACUUCGUCAUCUUCUGACCAUGAUUCGGAUCUUGGGAAAAUAGUGAAAAGCCCCAAUGAACGAAAUCGAAAAGACGAGGGGAAAUCAAAACGGGAUUUUUCUAGAGAGACUCAAGCCUCUCCAUUUAAGAGAACUUUAGAAUCUGACAUAAAGAGUUUCAGAGGAUCGUCAAAGGACUCACCGGACAUCCGAGAUCGCAAGGAAGUGAGAAGAGGGGAAUCACCACAACAAAGAGAAAGUGCUAGUCGCCAUAGAAGCUCUUUAGAAACCAGACCAAAGUCGCCGGAAUUAAGACGCUUUUCACCUGAUCGAAGUAGACGGGAGCCUUUAGCCAGGAAAGGUUCUAGUGAAAGAAGUUUAUCACCCAGAAGGAGACAUUCGCUGGAACAUUCGGUGGAAAGGAUGCAUCCCACGGAAAGGAGGCCAGUUGUUCCUAGAGGAAGGGAAAGGGACCUAAAGGAAGGCAGGAGGAGGGACGAGAUUAUUGAUGAUAACAGGGAAUUUAGAGAAAAUCGUGGACCAAGAGAGCCAGAUUUCCGUAAUGAUCGUGAGGUAAGAGACACUCGUGAUAACAGAGACAGGGGUUUCAGGGAGCAAGUUCGAGAGGCUAGAGACUUCAGGGAAGGGCGUGAUAUACGUGAUGUUCGUGGAAAUGAACAGGCGUUUAGAGGUGGCAUUGAUGAACGAAACAAAGACCGAAUUGGGCGGGACCGAAUUUUCAAUAGGGAUAGGGAUGUGCCGGGACGGGGGCGAGAUGACUUGCCAGACAGAGGAUUCGAACGUGGAGGGCCGCGUGCAUACAGAGAGCCAUUUCGAGAUCAAGAGAGGCCUGGGCGACAUACUCCACCACUACCACCAGAGCAAAGAGUGCACAGUCCCUUGCAGAGAUACCCUGUCGGAGUGGAUAGAAGGCCCAGAUCACCUGAGUCCCGUCACGAAGUGCGACGUCCGCGAACACCAGAACACAUGCGGCCCAGAUCGCCAAUGGGUCGUGUUCCAGAACGACGGCGUGGGAGAAGUACGGAAAGGAGGCAGACUCCUCCACGUAGCCAUGAACGUGAACACGAAUUUCAUCGUAAAGAUACAGAGCGGCCUAAUUAUCGUGAUCAACCCGAACGGCGGGAAAAAACGAAAGACAGGGAAAGAAGGGAGAAAAUUAAAGAAGAAACUCCGCCUCCUCCACCACCACCCCCUGAACCAAGGAAAGAGCAACGCCUUCCAGAUCCAGCAAUCCACCAGCAGCCAGUUCCACAAUUGCUGCCAGGCUCAGUACAUGUGGACAGCCCAGGUGGUACACCUGGCUCAGCGAUUACACCCAGUGCUCCUAAUUCAGGAGGCACAUCCACCCCAGCACAUUUCACACCUCCUCCGCCCCCUCCUCCAACUAAUGCUGACACUUUGCUUGAUCUACUGAGAAGGUAUCCGGUGAUGUGGCAAGGUCUGUUUGCUUUGAAAAACGAUUCAGCUGCAGUGCAGAUGCAUUUCCUUUCAGGUAAUGUCAGAUUAGCAGAAGCCUCAUUACCAAGAUCAGUCCUGGCUGGUGAAGUCCCCCCUCCGUUAAGGAUAUCUCAAAGGAUGAAACUGGAGGCAUCACAACUUGAUGGAGUAAAUAAGAGAAUUAAGGUACCAAAUGAUCAUUGUAUGCUGUUAGCACUUCCUUGUGGACGAGACCCAUUGGAUGUGCAUGCCCAAACACGCGCACUUAAGACUGGCUUCAUCACAUACUUGCAAGUCAAGCAAGCUGCUGGCAUUAUCAAUAUAGUCAAUUCUGCAACGAAGCAGCCGGCUUAUGUACUGCACAUCUUUCCUCCAUGCAAGUUUGCUCAAGCACAUCUUGCAAGAGUUGCUCCAGAUUUACUUGACAGUGCGGCUGACAGUGGUCAUUUGAUGGUUCUGAUCACACCUGUCUAACAAUGUCCCACUGUGACGUGAAUGUGAAACUCAUUCCAGUGCCUCAAGCAGUCAAUCAAGGUCAGGGCAUGAACAAGCUGUGCAAGUGUUGUUGGGUCCUGUUUAUUUGCAGAUCCAGCAUCACACACAAAGAAAGAUUUACCAAUUAUCCAGUAAAACAAUCAUUGAUUGUGUUUGAAACUCUCAUUGUAGAGGCAUAUAACAUCUAGGGCUGUUUCUUGAUCUUGUUAUAAAUCACCAUUUAACAGUAAAACAAUCAAUUGGCAUUUUUAUGUUAAAUUGGGUUUUGCAUUUAUUCCUUAUAUUGAUUGUGUUUGAAACUCUCAUUGUAGAGGCAUAUAACAUCUAGGUCUUUUUCUUGAUCUUGUUGUAAAUCACCAUAUAACAGUUUCUUCUGUAUGUAUUGCAAAUCUAUUUGCAUGAUACAGAUUCUAGAGCAAGGAUUUGUCUGUAAAUGGGGAAGCAACAUCCUUGUGAGACCCUAACACUAACCUGGUGUUUGUCAUGUUCUUCUGAAAGGGUGAAAAAAAAGAAGAACCCGGUUAUAUUAUGCAAUCACAUGAGGUUAUUACAAAGGCAUGCUUAGAGCAAACAUAUCCUGUUCAGCAAUAUGCUUGGACAUCUAUGUUGGUAGCAGAAAACUUUAGCUUAUAGGCAAUUCGGUUUUAUAUGGCUGAUCUGCCAAUUCCUGUUUGUCACUUAGCAAAUGGUCUAUAAAGCAAAAAGCGUUCUUCACUUACCACCACAAGUAUAUGGUCUUAGGGAAAAUUUUACGCAGUAUUCAUGCAGUGAAGUAAAUUUGAUUGCAAAUACUUGCUUGUAUAAUAGGUAACUCAAUCCAAGCAAUCCAGGCCUUGAUAUGAAUAGUAUAUUACGCAACCAACCCUAGUUGCUGUCAUAUCAAAACUCUGUGUUAACUUGUGUUUAUGUAUAUUUUAAAUAUAUAUAUGCUGUAGAAUGCAUCACUGCCAACAUUUUUAUUUAGACCAAUUAACUAACAUGAUUAAAAAUGUUUGCUUAAUGCCCAUUGCUUUUAAAAUCCACAUUUCUAUUGACAUUUGAACAAUUUUGACAAUCAAUGUCAAACUCUUUCUAAUUAAUCAAAGCUUGGAAAAAUCAGUUUUUAAGGGGUUUUAUUUUCUUAAGAUACUUUCACGCAGUAUGUUAUUUUAUCAUCUACAAUUUUGAAGACUACAGUCUAUUUCCUAUCAAAUUUCUUUCAAGAUUUAAUUGUUAGACAAAUGCCAUGUGCUACUUUUAUUUUCAUUUGAAAAUAACUUAACAAUUCAAGGCCCAAAAAUGAAUUUUUGGCAAAGAAAAAGAAUCAAUGAGUAUUUCAAUUAAUUCCAUACUUUAAAAAAAUUGUUUUGAUGAACUUUUUAUGCUCCAAUCCUAGAAAUAACAUUCCUACACCUACCUGUAUUAAAGACAGCUCUGUAUUAUAGUCUAUUAACACAUAAAUAUUUGUUUGAAACAAUAAUUGUGUAAAGGCUUCCAACCCAUUUUUCAGAGUUUAUAUUUUAAGUCUAGUAUUGUAAAUUUAAAAGAUUUUAAUUAUUGAUACUGUUUAAUUGUUA